CUUCACUUUAUUUUAGGUUAUGUAAAUUUAAAUUUUUGAAAAUAUUUUGGUAUACCUUGUUAGGUCCUAUUUACUUAUCAAUGGAAUUUUGAAUAAGAUGGAGACUCCUGUUUUAACUAAAAAGCAACUUAAAUCAACACUUUCAGCCAAAAAACAACGACCAAAAGAAACAAUAAAAAAUGUUUUGGCUUUACCUUUCAAUAAUAAUUAUUGGCCGGAAGUAUCACCUGAAGACCAGAAGGAACUUAAAGAUCUUAUAAUACAACACAUGCCAAUGAUAAGAGAUAAGCAGAUUAAAGUUCCAUGGAAAGAGUUAAAGACAGUUCCAAAAGCGAAUAGAAAAUCGUUUCGAAAAGAAUACAAUGAAAAACUUCUUGGACCCCAACCCCCCAAAAAAUGCUGUUCUGGAAUUAGUUUCGGAAUCAACAGCAUGUCAAAAUUGUUGGAAAAAAAUUUUGCCCAAGCCGUAUUACUUGAUGCAGAAACUAUGCCUAGACUUUUAGUUCAACAUCUCAUAGACCAAGCUGUUCUGUAUACAGUACCAAUAAUAUGUGUUACUAACCUGAAAGAAACAUUAAAAUCUGUGACAGGAAUAAAUAGUGUAGGUGUCGCAUUUAGCAAGGAGAUAACGUCUGAUAAUUCAGUAAAUUUACUUAUAGAAAAGAUCAGCCAUAUAUUUAAGACUUUACCUACACCUGAAGACCAUAUAAAUUAUAACAGGUCCUUGGAACCUUAUGUGACAGAACAUGAAUCCGAGGAAAAAGAAGCUCCUAAGAAAGAAAUUGUGAAAGUAGAUGUAGUUCAGAUUAGAAAAAAGGUGUAUCUGAUAAGAAGUGAUCCAAAGUCUAGAGCUUUUAUUCCAGAGUUUAAAGAAACAAAAUUUUCACACAAAAUGGAAGUUAAUGAUAACAACAUGGAAGUUGAUGAUACAUAUAAACGGGAAGUUAAGGAUAAACCCAAAAUGGAAACUGAUGAUACAGGGUUUAUUGCAUUUACAGAAGAACCCGAAGAAGAAAAAUUGGAAGAACAACCAAAACAGAAAGUUAAAGUGAAAUAUAAAUCGUUGAUUGUCAAAAGGUUAAAAGGUGAUCCAAAUAGAAAUAAAAGAAAAAUUGAAAAUCUGAAAUUGAAACAAACAAAAAAAUAAUUUUUUUUAAAUUAAAUUGUUUGUAUAAAUUAUAAUAGGUAUAAUAAUUAUAAUGUACAUUAUUUUUCUAUCUCCAAAAAAAUCAAAAGGACAGAUUAGGAACAGCGACAAAUAAAAGAAAAACUUUAGAAGAGGUUAUACUCAGUCCGUGGCUUUUUUGCUUAAAUAUCAUCAUGAAUUGAUCAAAAUGUUACCUUAUGGUAACACUAGCCAUUGAUGGAUUAAAAUGAGUUCUAAUCUUUGUUUUUCAACCAGGAGGAGUAAACUAAAAAGACAGACUCACAUCCAAGAAAGUCACUAGAAUAAUUACCAAAUACAUCUUUUUUUUUUAUUGACCAUGUCGGCCUUCGACGGUAAUCCAUAAAUAUUAUAUUAUACUAUUAAGAGGAUCGGUACGUAUUUUCGGCUGCAAUGCUAUUCAAAUGGGGAUUCAUUUUUUUCGAAUCCUGAGAAAACUAAUAAGUAUUUUUGAAAAAUUUAAAAGCAGAAUGAAAGAUUACGUUAUUAGCGAGGGCCGAAAGUCCCUGAGAACUUCUAUAAUGUUUAUUUAAAUAAGUUACAGGGGUGAAAAACUAAGAGAAAAUGUAGUGGGAUUUUUAAUUUCAAAUAUCUCAUUCGAAAGAAACUUCUUAUAUAUUCUAAGGGACUUUCGGCCCUCGAUAAUAAUUUAGUCUUUCAUUUUGUGUUUAAAUUUUUUAAAAAUAUUUAUUAGUUUUUUCAGGAUUCGAAAAAAAUGGACACCAUGUCCGUGGAAAUCGAACAUUCGCUAUGUUUGUCAUACAACGCACUCAGUCGAAUAUAAUGUUAUGACAAGACUUAAGACAGUGACAAGUAGAGAUGUGUCCGACCCGCUAUUUUGAUAUUGCAGUUCAUGCUGCUACUGCUUUUUAACGCUUUUACGAUGAUAAUAAAAUCAAUCAAAGAGUUGUUUAUUAAAUAGUAUUGAUAGACAUUGAUAGUGUAUUUGAAAAAUAAUAAUUGAUUUAAGGCGUACAAUUAAUAAAAAGUUAUUUAUUGUUUA